AUGGAGAAUUCAGACUGGGAAUCCGUCCUUCAGUUCGUCUCUGAACCCCUCGACAUCGCUACCGUCCUUCCCGAGAAACCCGUCUCAGAGCGGUCCACUUUUGUCACACCUCCUCAGAUCCCAUCGCCACCCGUUUCGAACCAAGGUUCCCCAGAAGAAGGGACAGAUGAAUUGGAGGGCAACACCAUCGUUUCGGUCUCCACUGCUUUCUACCCCGGUGCCAAUCUCAAUAUCCUCCCCCCUGAUAUAAUUUUCCUUUCCUGCGAUGCUGUCUUCUUCUAUGUGCACAGCCAUCAAGUGUUAGGCUCGUCCGAGAAUGGGUUCAAUUCUCUUCUACCAGCCAAUCCGCAGAAAGGAAACCAGGACAUAGGCCCGAUCAUCCCGCUGCCGGAUUCCGCGAAUGUGGUCAAUAUCGUGCUUCACACGAUUUACAACAUGCCCUGCAGUCACUACUCACCGUCGGUGGAUACACUCAUUGCUUCCGUCGACGCGUUGCACAAGUAUGGCAUCUCCGUCAAGAGACACAUUGGUCCCUCGACCCCGUUGUACUCCGUCGUCCUCUCGCAAGCGCCCGUCGCUCCCAUUGAGGUAUAUGCACUUGCGGCUGCGUAUGACCUGUACGAACUCGCUGUACCAAUCUCAUCGCACCUACUAUCCUUCCCACUUCCGACACUGUCGGAUGAACUAGCUAUGCGCAUGGGUUCCAUCUACCUCAAGCGCUUGUUCUUCCUCCAUCUUGGUCGCAUGGAUGCUUUAAGACGUCUUCUUCUCUCCCCUCCCCACCCGCAUGCCCCGACGACCACCUGCGAUUUUGUCGAACAGAAAAAGUUGACUCGCGCGUGGGCAUUGGCCUCCGCCUAUUUGGCGUGGGAUGCAAGGCCAGACUUGUCUACGAGUUCAAUAGAGUCUGCGUUGUGUCCGCUGUCGGAGCAUCUCUCCUGUGAAGUGUGCCAGAAGGCCCUGAACGACAGGGUGAAACAAUUAAUUGUCCAGUGGUCUGUCGUCAAGAGAACCAUUUGA